CAUGACAGCACCAGCAAUUCCACCAGCACCGAUGACACCACCGCAAACGGCACCCCGGCCACCUAAAAAAGCGCGUCUCGAGCAGCCGGAGAAAAGAAAACCUCUCUGCGCCCAGGUUGCGAAAGCCAACACGGGAGCAAAGCGAGUGCAAAUGAUGCAAAAGCUCGCGGCGGCCGGCGAGAAAGACGAGCCCCCAAAUCAUGUAGAAUUAGAACUAUUUUGGGGGGCCAUGAACGACUGGAAGAUUCUCGACGCUGGCUUGGUGGCGGCGUUGCAAUCCACGUGGGAGGAGAUGAAUUCCGAGAAAAGCAGAACGCCGGUGCAAAAAAUUCUCACGCUAACGGCAAUCCCGAACGGCGUGAGCAAUUGCAUUCAACACUGCAUUGGCAACCUGGUGCGAGAAUUUGUUCGGCAAACCAAGUCGGACGGUCGAAAGGUCAACUAUACGGCCGGCUGCGACGCGAUGGAAGACGAGAUAAGGGCCGAGCACUACCGAAGAUAUCUCGCAAUGGUGAAGGAUUGUGCGUGCGAAUCGUGCGAAUCGGUCAUCGAGUUCGACGAGGCCUACACUAGAUACCACGACAAUUUGGAAAUGACCACGGCGCAAAUGGAAACCGAACCGGUUCGCUUCGCAGACAGACCGAUGCACUGCGACGACGUCGAUUUCCGUGCCCAAAGUCUGCGAACUCAGUUUACCGGCCUGAGUUCCACGAGUCUGCUCAAGGCGCUAUACUUCUCGAAUUCGACGCCCGCGUUUAGCCCUCCCACGCUAUCGUUGGCGAUGCCCACAGAUGUGCAAAGCAUGACGACGAGAUACUUACAGCCAUUCCUGAGAGAGAGAAAGUUGCAGGAUCCACUGCCCCAGUCGUGGAAAACCGUGAGCCCGACACCGGCGGAACACGAAUUGGUCAGCGUCCCAAAGAAAUGCCUGCGCAUGUUUGACGGAGACUCGGGCGAGAUAUUGCUGACAUCCGAGUGCGAACGCGAACUCCACGACCUGGCGACGGACGACGGGAAGCUACGAUUCCGGCUUAGAAACUGCGACGCGCCUGAGACGGAGUGCUCGGUGCGUAUCUACAAACAACCAGACGACGGGUCGACGACGAUGACGCCGUUUCUUACGCGACAUAUUGGAAUCGAAGCACUGCGGGCAGCGAGGGAGCUGGUAUUCCGAGCGAGCGAGGUCCUGUUGCACGUCGGUACGGGUGCGGCCGGCCAGCGCGACGUCCCUCACGACCGUUUCGGCAGGAGAUUGGUUCAGGUCUUCACGAGAAACGAGAACGGCAGCCUGGAUAACUUGACCGAGAAACUCGCCGCGGCCGGGUACACGCUGUCUUUUUACACGACCGGAAUAGACGUCGCCGUGGAUGCAGCGAUGCGUGCGGCGAUUGUCGACAAAGAGGGAAUCUUCAGCCUGCCGGAAGAAGUCUUCACCUACCCGAACCUGCCGUGGGACAUACGAAAGAUGUGGGGACAACACGGCGUGAACGCGUACGAAGAAUAUCGUCCGAUAUUGAACCGCCCCGAGGAUCCUACGGUAUGGGCCUGCAGUGGCGCUGGAUCGCGGCAAGUUCUCGCAGACGAUGGUGAAUCGUGGCCCGAGAGCCAAGAUUCGGACAACUUUUUUUUUCGAAUCGUAUCAUGUAGCACGUUUUCGGAAAGCCGAUGUUUCGUCGCGAAAAGCGAAAUUCCGAACUCGGGUCACGGCCUGUUCCUAGCACGACACAAGUUCCCCAUCGAGAGCGGGGCGCAUAUCUGCCUUUACGCCGAACGAAGCACCACCGAGGAAGAAAUGAACAAAAACAGCAGCUCUCGUUCCUACGCGAUAUUCGUGCACAGAAAAAAACGAUGGUUCGACGCGGAGGUGGAAACGGCCAAUAAUUUGGGACGAUUUGCAAAUCAGCCGUGGGUGCUCGAAGCAUUCAAGCACAUACGAACUCUUUCGUCAGCGGAAAGGCCCCCUCUGACGGAAGAGGAUUGGGCGAAAACCGAAAGUCGAAUAGACGAACAGUGCAACGCUCGCUUCGACACGACCGGGGAACAGUUAGUUCUACGAACGAAACGGCGCUUGGAGCCCUCGAAACGUCCGACGGAGAUACUGGUGAACUACGGUGGGCUUCGCUCCUACUGGAUCCCGUUGUUAAGACAACGCCGUGAUGAUGAAGUGCUACCAGAAAGCCUGAGAGAAAUCGUUGCGUGGCUUUUCGAGUCCCCAGAAUGCAACUGGUCGACCGAGCAAAGAACUAAAUGGGCGUUUAUGUGAACUGAAAAGAACAUGCAACCAAUUUGAACAUAAUAGUUGAACAUUUAAGCCGGACAUUUCACUGAAAAUUUAGGCUAUUUAUUUAUUUUGUUGCUUCUGUAUUGAAAAUGUACAUAUGUCAGGAAAUAAAGUUUUUUUCUGGCCAAAGCUAGAUAUUAAUAACCCUUUUGUCACUACUUGUAUAUACAGUGUGUAUCAGGAAUGAAACAUGCGUGCAUUAUUAAUG